AUGGCGGCAGAGACUAUUUUCAUCACUGGGGCUACAGGCUUCAUUGGCUCCCAUGUUGCGCAAGACGCUCUCAAAGCUGGUUGCCGUGUGCGCUUAAGCAUUCGCAAGCCAGAACAGCAGCAAACUCUGGAGAAGCUCUUGGCACCAUAUCUUUCCCAACUUGAUUUCGUUGUCAUUCCUGACCUGAGCAACGUCGAAGCUAUUCGUGGUGCUCUGGAGGGUAUUGAUCAUGUCUUUCACCUUGCUUCGCCCAUGCCCGGCAGGGGUUCCGACAUCAAGACAGACUACGUCGAGCCCGCCGAGCGUGGAACUGUCGCGGUUCUAGAGGCCGCUCAAUCUCACACGACGAUCAAAAAAGUCAUUGUCAUGGCGUCUGUCUUGUCGCUUAUGCCCCUUGGUGCUCUUGCCGCCCCGGACUUUUCAGUGACUGACAACACGGGCGAAGUUAUUCCGGUCGACCUGGAAAGGCCGUUGCCAGAAGGUUUCAUUGGCCACAGCCUCAAGUACCAAGCCUCCAAGACUCUGGCCCACCAGGCAUACCGCAACUGGAACCAGCAACACCAGCCGGCCUUUACCACAAUUUCCUUCCACCCAACAUUUGUGCUGGGUCCCAGCCUAGUGCAGCAAAAGGCGCAAGAUAUUGGUGGCAUGAACGCCUUGUUCUGGAUGUCUCUGCAGUCGGAGCAGCCCAAGAUCCCUCCGACGUGCGUCGACGUGAGGGAUGUCUCCAGGGCUUUUAUCCUUGCCUUGGAAAAGAAUGUGCCGAGCGGGACAGAGUAUAUCCUCUCGGGUCAGGCCUUUACAUGGCAACACGUGGUGGAUUUCGUCAAGAAGGAAUAUCCCGAACUCGAGCUGAAACUUACUCCGCCGUUCCAUCAGAGGCUUGUUGCCGAUACCAGUCGGGCAGGGCGCGAUCUAGGAAUCAAUUGGCGAUCCAUGGAGGACUUGGUCAGCUCUGUAUUGAACCAGCAACUAUCACUCCAAGGACGUUCGCACGUAUAG